AUGCUAGGGCGUUUUGUCGACCGCGGCCUGCCCCCUUUGGGACAACGUCAGGCCUCGACCUCGGAGGCGUCGGUGAGCAACGAUCACGACGGAGCAAUCCUGAUCGAGCAACAAGUGCAUCCGACGGUGAAGGACUUGUCCCUGCGCGAGCCGACAGCCGCGUCGGCGAUUUGGACGACGUUCGACACCGGCCUAUUGGCACAAUGGUCAACUGAGGCCGAUGUGCAAUCGCGGGUCGUCCAGGUCAUGGCGGAUGCGAUCUGCCUCGCCGGUCUACCAUCAGGAACCAUCCGUCUCGCCACUGAGUUGGGCCUGACCCGGUUGCGGCCUGACAUCUGGGUCUUGAAGUCCGCUAGCGGCGUACCCGUCGGCGUGAUCGAGGUGAAGAGACCAAGCCCGGCGAUCAUGGACCACAGGCGCGUGCACGGGCAGAUAUUCGACUACAUGCGCUGCGUCAAGACCCUUUUCGGUGUCAAGCACGUGCUCGGGAUCGUGACGACCUACACCAAGUGGAGAUUCUACUGGUUCGAGGAGAGUGACCGCUACGCCGCCGCUGACACUUGUACCGCCAUCGAAAACCUCGGGGGCGCCAGGAAGGAGGAUGGCAUCGGCCGCGUGAGAUACGACGACGAGGGCGACGAGGGCGAGGACGACGAUGAGGAGGAGGAGGAGGAAGUCGAUCUGAACACGACGUUCACCCAAUCGGACGAUGACAAUGCGCCGGUCAAGGAGGACGAAUCACCGCGUGUGCUGCACGGCACCAAGGUGUACGACUCGGAGCAGGCCGGACCCGAGCUCUCAGCCCUGCUGGCAAGCGUCGUCUACAAGAUGUGGAAGUCCCCGUGCACUCCCAUACCUGCGCUAUCGUCCAGCGUUCGCGUCUGCAUGAACGAGACGCAGUGGUUCUGGGCUCGAGUCCCGGCGACCAUCGAGGACGUCAACGAUGCCGACAUGCCGACCGGACGCGCCACACGCUUCUUUCUGCUGCGGGAUCUUGGUGGAGGUGUUGACGGGAGGGCCUGGCGGGCCUGCACGACCAGCGGGACCGGCUGCGUCAUCAAGUUCUGCAAAAAAGCCCCCGCAGAAGACCAGAGGCAGCGUCUGGAGGCAGAGGCCAACGUCUGGCGCGCGGCCUGGGGAGUCGAAGGCGUGCGCGUCACCACUCUGGCGGGUGAGCCUGCGCUGAUCAUGCCCUACGCGCGCGCCGUUAAAGGACAGCCGCUCUCGCACAAGGCCAAGCAGCAGGUGCGGGCAGCGAUCGCCGAGAUGGCCUCGAGCGGCUACUGCCAUGAAGACCUCUCCUGGCGCCACGUUGGAAGGCUGGGGCUGAGGCGGCAGCGACGGGUGAUCUUCUUCGAUCUGGCCAGCGUGUCGCGCGUGGAUACUCACGUGCUGGAGUCAGUGACGGCGGCCAAGGCCAAGAUGUUGAAUGCCCUCGGGCUCGAAUAA